AUGUUACGCACUCUCAAAUACCUUCGCAGCUCAUGCGGUGAAUUCAUGAAGGCGCAUCAAACACUGAGGCGCACAUUACAGUCACUUCUGUGGUUGCCUUUGGGUAUUACUUUUGUCGAGUACUUCUACACUUUGAAGUCAAUUAGAGGAAGGAGCAUGCAGCCGACGCUCAAUCCAGACUCUUCGUCAUGGCGAGACGUUGUUCUGUUUGACCGCUUCGCAAUACGAAUUUUACGGAAAUAUGAGAGGGGAGACAUAGUUGCAUUACAAUCUCCAACAGACUCGAAGCUGGUAGUCAAGAGGAUAGUCGCUUUGCAAGGGGACAUGGUCAAGACGUUGCCACCUUAUCCCGAUGUAGAAAUUCGCGUCCCUCAAGGUCACGCCUGGGUGGAAGGCGACGAGGCUUUCCAUUCAGAGGAUAGCAAUACAUUCGGACCGGUGCCACUUGCACUGAUCGAAUCCAAGCUAUCCUUCGUUGUCUGGCCGCUUGCGCGGUACGGUCCAAUUAGAAAACCGUCUUCGCCGAACCCAAAUGAUCCCAGAGACCCUGCAUGGCGGAUAAAGAAAGCUGCAGUAGAGAGAGAGCAAUGGAGGAACUCUCGCAUUACCAUAGCGCAGUGA